AUGGCUCGGCUAGCUGACUACUUCAGUGUGGUAGGCCGAGACCAGGAGAAGCCAGGUAGCGGUGUGGGGAAGGCGCCACCCCCGGGCUCCGCCUCCGCCCUCGACUCCGCCUCCGCCCCGGGGUCCGCCUCCGCCCCCACUAGGCUCCGCCUCCCUCCUCCCCGGGCUCCGCCUUCACUUACCAGGGUUCCGCCUCCCUCCGCUUCCGGGCCCCUCCCCGUCCCCACCCCGAGCUCCGCCUUUGUUCCCCGGGCUCCGCCCCCGCCAACGCUAGGAUCCGCUAUUGCUACCGCGGGCUCCCCCUCCCUCCUCCGCCGGGCUCCUCCCCUGUCCACGCCCCUGGCUCUGCCUCCGCCCCUUGGGCUCCGCUACUCCCCCGCCUCCGCCUCUGGGCUCCUCCUCCGCCCCCAGCAGCCAUCCAUUGGGCCAG